AUGUCAUCUUCACCAGCAUUUAAUGAAAGUUUCAAACACAGAUUUCGUAAGGGACUAAAUCGAUUGCGGCGUAAGUCCAGAGACUCUUCGAAGGAUGCCAAUAUCAAUUCAACGCCGAGAAUCCCGAUAAAUUCGAACACACUUGCGACCAAUACAUAUUCAAGCUUGGAACGCCUAACGUCGCAAGCCAGUUCCAAUUCCCUAAGCCAAGCACAUGAUCUCUCAAAGGAACUACCUACUACCAGAGACAAUACAGUUCAAACCCAAAUUGAUCAGAGCACUGCCCUUCCGAGAAUUCAUCUAAGCGGUAUCGAAGAUGACUCCUCUUCUAAUCACUUGACGCCUAGCGUUGAAAUUGACUUGGCCGUUGUUUCUUUAGACGUUUGGAGCGCCGCAUACCGUGAAGCAGUAAACAGUCUUGGAAAAGACAUAAAUCUUGCUAUUCUUAAGGGUGAGAAUCUUGCGGAGCUAUUUAAACAACUUGAGACUAUUGAUAAAGAGGUGACUCAAGAGUCUCUUUUCUUGAGAGGAGUAAAGUAUCUGCAUUCUCUUCAGGUACCACUAGACAGUUUCAAGCUGGCAUUAGACCUGGCCAGCCCGUUGACGAGUAUUGAACCCACUACCUCGAUGGUCUUUGGUAUUAUCAAAGGCGUGACAGCUAUUGCUAUUAGUAUUUCAAACGCUGAUCUCAAUUUCGCGAAACAAAUCGGACAAAUGCUAGAACAGCUCUCUUAUAUUGAUGAUUGCGACACGCUUGGUCAGAAAACAAAAAAGAUAGAUAUACAUAAGGUAGUCUGCUGCAUGCCCUUUGAAAGCCUAUUUAACAGUUUACAGGCACUCGUAUUGGUAUAUCAGAAGCUUCUAGAGUUCUACAUUACCGCAUUCGAGAUAUUAACUAGGAAGGGAGCAAAGUUGGUUAUGAGACUAAUUCUAAAGGACAGCCAUCUGCCAGAUAUUGUCAAAGAUUUUUUGGACCAUGCUGACAACCUCCGAAAGCUUGUGCAAAAAGCCACAUGGGAGAUUGUUGAGGAUAUCAAAAUUAUGCUCUAUGAUUAUGAAAUUGCAAGGUGGUUAGGUAGUGAGAAGAUGAGUAGACAAAACCAAUACCAUGUCUCUUUGCAGGAGAUUCGAGUUGAUGAGGCUUGUGAAUUCUUGCUGGAAGAUACAAAAUUUAUUGACUGGCACCAUGCCACCGAUUCCCAACAACUAGUAAUCCUUGGCGACAUGGGCUGCGGAAAAUCUGUUGCCAUGGCAUAUCUUAUAGAUGAGCUACGCCGACAAAAUGAGCACCAAUUGCCUCAGCCUAAGAUAUGCUACCAUUAUUGUCGAGAUGAUGAGACUGGUCAAGCUAUUUGUAUCUUCUCAGUUUUGAUUUUAUCCCUUCUUGGGCAAUUAUCUGGCUUGAAGAGAACAUUUUUCGAAUGGUAUAAGCAGGGCGCGGCUUCCGGAAUCGAGCUUGCAACAAAUUCCAAACAACUAAUUGAAUGGUUACUAAAAGCCUUAGAAACACUCGAUCGCCCACUCUUCCUUGUGAUUGAUGGUCUAGAUGAGUGCGAUCGAGCUUCCCGGAGAAUUCUUCUCAAGUCGUUGAGAGAUCUGUCCCAAAAAACUCCGAGACUAAAAGUUCUACUCUCUUCACGACCCGAGGAGGAGAUCUUGCAGCUAUUAAGUGGUAUGGCCAAGAUCAAUUUGAAUUCUGAUACUGAGCGAGAUAGAAUUAUUGUUGAAAAGACAGUUGAGAGGCAGUUGUCUUACUUAUCGAAGCCCGUUAAAGUAUUCAUAUCGCAGUCACUAUCUCGUUUGGCGCAAGGAAGUGCUAUUUGGACAAAGAUGACAAUUGAGCUCAUAGAAAUCCGCGGAAUCCGGGCGCUUGGUCCAAUGCGAGCUUUCUUGGAAGAAACACCACAACCUAAACAGCUUUCGAAGCUUUACGCUAAUCUGCUUUCACGAUACACUUUCAAAGAUCCGGAGAAUCAAAAGCUUGCUAUUGUAGCGUUAGAAAUCCUUGCCAUCACCCGAAGACCUUUGAGUAUACUAGAACUCGCUUGGGCCGUCCUCGUGGAUACGUAUGAGGAGAAAGAUAUUAGUAUGGAUGUUCUUUCCGAACUCGUAGAUCAUCAGAGAGUCAUCGGCCUAAUUCAGCCAUUCAUUGCUCAAAUUGAUUUCAGCGAUGUCAGAAAGCAUCAAGUUAGACUUGUACACCAGUCGGUAAAAGAGUUCAUUUUCAAGGAAUUGGCCCCAGAUUCGCCUGGUCCAGGGAAUUUGGCUAUCUCUACUCAAGGAGAAAUAGACCAAGUGUUUAUCCAGCAACGCACUGAGAGCCUAGAGGCAGGCAUCAUGAAUAUGUGCAUCAAGUAUCUUCUCCUGGAACAUGUUGGAAAUGCUGAUCUAUUCUCUGAAGAGCAAGUGGCAAUCGAAGAGCUGCCUCAAGAUUUCAAUCUACUACUCGACGAUAAUGAUGAGUCGAAAGACUACGAUCCUUAUUGUACAUGGGAAACCUGGGAGGAAAACAUGAUACAUUACCUUCCGACUGAACGUGGCUUUGGUGAGCUAUUUGUCUACGCUUCUUGUCAUUGGAUUGAGCAUUUCAGCGCUGUUUCAACUGAAUCUCUAUUACCGAGUCUCGAAAGUAUAGAAAAUCUAUGUCAAGCUGGUUCAACCCGUCUACAUAAUUGGAUCACACAAAACUGUCGUCCGAAAUGUACAAUCAAGCCUAGGUUCGUAUUCGACAGUAGUCUUUAUGAUCCCCUCAGUAUCACUUCGCUCUACGGCUCAGAAGACAUGCUUCGGAUUAUGCUUGAGAGCUCAGACUUCCAAAAAAUCAAAUUCCUCCCCAAUCCAGCUAUAGGUGCUGCGGAGCAAAUUCUUCAAUGGGGUGAUUUGUCCAGACUCAGGCUAUUAAUGAGAAGUAAGAUUGGAUAUCAGCUUCGGAACCUUGACUUUUUUCUGCUUGUCAUGAAACAGUGGUCUAGUAGAAUGGCGCAUAAUAAAUCUCGCAAAGGCUGGGACGUAGUAUUUGAUCUUAUUGACGAUGUUUCGGAUAUAAUGGUCGAGGAACGAUGGGGCGAUGAACUCUUCCGUAUGGCUGUCAGUAUCGGCUGUAUGCCUAUGAUCCAGAGGUUACUAGAUAGAGCUUAUCGAACGGUAGAGCUGAGAUCCAAAUUGUUUAAUAGGCGCGAAACCCAACAUCAAUUGAUUGCAGAAGCCGUUGUAGGGAAUCACGUGGAUGUUUUGGAAUACUUAUUAACGCAACACGAUAUCGAGGCACACCUUCAUUACCAGAACUCACAUGGUGAGAAUGUGUUGCAUCUAGCAUCUCGUUUCUGUAAUCCCGCGAUAUUUCGAAGUUUAGUACCUCGUUGCAAGGACAUUGUGUGCCAGACGGACGAUCAGAACAAUACAGUCUUAAUGCGAAUCAUUAUGAGCCCCUCAACUGCACAGAACCGAAGCGAGUCAGCACGAAUACUGCUAUCAGAAAGUGGAGCCUAUGAGAGAGGCACUUUUCGGGAUGGGCAGCAAGAAUAUCUAAGGGAAGCGAUACGACUUGGCGAUAUAGAUAUGUGUCACACCUUGAUUCGAGUAGGUAAAAUGAAUCCUCUUCUAACGGCGAUACACGAUGACGAUGAUCAAAUGAUAUUGAAAGAUAAGACUUCUGAGAAUGAACAAGGCAUAUCAACAAUGCUAAAACUACUAUGCGCGCAUAGUGACGAAGGGUUGACAUAG